CACACAGCAGCCGCUACAGGGAAGAUGGAGGAUGGUGUGGCAGCGGCGGAGCGGACCUCUAGCCUGCAGCAACAUUGCAGCUGAAAGCGGGGUGGACUUUAGAAGAAAUCAGCCCAGAAAAUAAAACUGCUGCUGUCAAUGAACUCCUGAAAACUCAAGGCUCUUCCCAGCAGCCUUUGCUCUGACCUCCUAGAUUCCCCUGCUGAUGACGGACUAAAACCUCUCACUGAAACAGCUCCACCAACCCGGACAAGACCGCCAUGAACCCCCAGGAGACGGAGCUCGGCCAGGAGGUUAUGGAGGAGGCCGACGCCCCCCCUCGCCACCGCCACAACAACCACAACAGCCGGUCCCGUAACCACAGCAACCAGGAAAAGCGCUACAGGCGCGUUGAAGCCCCUGCAGGAGGAGGUAGUGGGAGCAGAGCGAGGGCGCCACAGCAGCGCAGGGGGCCACAGGAGGAGCAAGAGGAGCCACAGCAUGGAGCCCAGCCCCCACAGACCCAGCCCAUUCCCCGACCCGCAGUGACGCGUUACCGCAGACAGGGGGACAGCGAGGCCCGGAUCAGAGCCCAACAGCAGAGGCACCGGCAGAGGCAGCAGAGGGAGGCAGAGAGAGCGCAACACCUAGCUCAGCAGGAGAAGCAGCGGCGCGCCCAGAGGAGCCAGGAGGACGAGCGGGAGCGGGACGACUCUGCACUGGCCCGCUCAGCCAGCACAGAGAGCAACUUCCACACCCACACGGACCGGGCCGAGGGGGAUGACGGCCUGGUGAUGAUGUCUCUGGAGCCUGAGGGCCAGGCAGAGGCAGAGGACGAUGCUGGGAACUACGGAGUCCAGCUAAGGCCUGAGGCGGAGGGGUACACUGAGAGUGCUGAGGCUGAACAGCAACAUCUCCAUCCUCACUAUCCCCCUCAGCCACCUGAACCCCUGCCUGAUAUCCAAAGCCCCCAGAGACAGGGUGAAGCCGAGGAGAUGCUGCACGCCGGCUACUCCAACUACGUCUACACCCAGCCCCUCAGUCACUCCAGCGGGAUGGGCGACGUGUCUUACGCUCAGAGCCUGGAGAGCUUGGAUGCUGCUCUCGGGGACGAAGCGUACUCCGAGCCAUAUGACAUAUACUCACUCUCUGAGCAUGUUUACGAGGAAAUCUGCGAUGCUCCCAUGGCAGUUUCAUCUGCUGCGGACGGGGCUGAGGACACAGAGGCACUCCGACAGAGGCGUGCCGGAUUUAAGCUGUUCGAGGGUCGGGAGGGGGGUGGAGACUACCAUCAGCAGGAGGCAGUGGGCUCCCGCCUGCGGCACUAUGAUGAACGCUCGGAUGGCGAGUCGGACAGCCCAGAGAAGGAGGCCGAGUUCGCCCCAUACCCACGCGCCGACAGCUGCGACCAGGAUGAGGACAUCGACACCAUCGUGGCCGAGGUCAAAGAAAGCCUGAGCUCUCAGAGUCUUCAUCGUGCUCUGGAGGACACCAUAGAUGAGGAAAAUGAGCUACAGGAAGGAGAGGAAAAAGCCCAAGCUGAGUCUCAGAUCGACUUUGACAAAAACCACCAAGCUGCCGACACAGGGACAGACCUGACACCGUGUGGAAGUCCUUCAGAGGAGCCGGUCGCAGUGAGGAACAGCCAGGAGAAGAAGGACGCCAUCUCCUUGGCCAUCAAGGACAUUAAGGAGGCAAUAGAGGAAGUGAAGACCAGAACGGUGAGAUCCCCAUACACACCUGACGAGCCCAAGGAGCCCAUUUGGGUCAUGAGGCAGGACCUGAGCCCCACUGCAGAGUGCGACCUGCAGCCAUCACUGGGGGGGGAUUCGCCUGGCUCAGACUCGCCCUCCCCUCCAGGAGCAGAGUCUUCCAGCAGACUCCUGCUGCAGGAUGAUGGCUUCCAAUCUUCUUCCUCCAGUAAAGAGUCUAGGAGAAGCCUUGCAUCUUUCCCCACAUAUGUGGAAGUCCCAGGCCCAUGUGACCCAGAGGACCUGAUCGAUGGGAUCAUCUUCGCAGCCAACUACCUGGGCUCCACCCAGCUGCUGUCGGAUAAGACACCGUCCAAGAACAUCCGCAUGAUGCAGGCACAGGAGGCGGUCAGCCGCAUCAAGACGGCCCAGAAAUUAGCCCAGAACAAGAAGAAGGCCCCCGAGGGAGAGCCUCAGCCAAUGACAGAGGUGGAUCUGUUUAUUUCCACCCAGAGAAUCAAAGUGCUCAACGCUGACUCUCAGGACACCAUGAUGGACCACCCUUUGAGGACCAUCUCCUACAUUGCUGACAUUGGUAACAUCGUGGUUCUGAUGGCCCGGCGCAGGAUGCCUCGACCCGACUCUCAGGAGAACGUGGAGGCCUCAGAUCCAGGGCAAGAGAGCAAGCGGCAGUACAAGAUGAUAUGCCACGUGUUUGAGUCUGAGGAUGCCCAGCUGAUCGCCCAGUCCAUCGGACAGGCCUUCAGUGUGGCUUACCAGGAAUUCUUACGGGCAAACGGUAUUAACCCCGAGGACCUGAGCCAGAAGGAGUACAGCGACCUGCUCAACACUCAGGACAUGUACAAUGAUGACCUCAUCCACUUCUCUAAGUCUGAAAACUGCAAAGACGUGUUCAUAGAGAAAGCAAAGGGGGAGAUUCUGGGUGUGGUCAUUGUGGAGAGUGGGUGGGGCUCCAUCCUGCCCACCGUCAUCAUCGCCAACAUGAUGCAUGCUGGGCCGGCUGAGAGGUCUGGCAGACUGAACAUAGGUGACCAGAUCAUGUCCCUUAACGGCACCAGUCUGGUGGGACUGCCACUGUCCACCUGCCAGAGCAUCAUCAAGGGUCUGAAGAACCAGUCUGGGAUCAAGCUAAACAUCGUCAGAUGUCCCCCAGUGACCACUGUGCUCAUCAGACGGCCAGACCUGCGCUACCAGCUGGGAUUCAGCGUACAGAACGGCAUUAUCUGCAGCCUUAUGCGUGGGGGCAUUGCUGAGAGGGGCGGUGUCAGAGUGGGACACCGCAUCAUCGAGAUCAACAGCCAGAGCGUGGUGGCCACGCCCCAUGAAAAGAUUGUCCACAUCCUGUCCAACGCUGUGGGAGAGAUCCACAUGAAGACAAUGCCUGCAGCCAUGUACCGCCUGCUGACCGCCCAGGAGCAGCCUGUUUACAUAUAAGAAGACCAAGCCCUGACCUCACACACCUUUAACCCCCUCUGUCCUGCCCAGCCGCUCACCCUGCACCCUUCUAGUCCUAGCUGGUGGACUAUAGUGUGUUGUUAGUGGGAUUGUUCUGUUGCUCUGCCUCAUCUUCAAGUGACCACAAAGAAACCCCCAGCAUCUGUUGUCACUAAGAGAUGUGUUUUCUUUCUUUGGCUAAAUGUACAAACGGUGAAAGAUGUUUACACCUGUUGCCAUUUCUGCGCCUAGUAUGCCCCGCAAUCCUCAACACACUUCGACCUUUCAAAGUUGGGAGCACUUCCUCAGAGCAUCUUUAAGGUUCAGUUCAGGCAACAUUUAACAAUAUGGUUAUUGUUUAAUCAGAAAAUGGGAACUUCUCACACACUAUAAACCUUCUCUUUAAUGAACAUUAAGUAAGCCCUGAUUGUGGUCUCAAAGGCAAUCUCCAAUCCAACCCUGACUGUCCUUUCUGCCAUGCUGCUAUUUCAUUGGCAGAUGACUGCCUGUGUCUUCAUAUGUUUCCUCCACCAGAUUACUGAUCUGAGGUUUUCAUGUUUAGCUACAUUUCAUGGGACCAAGCUGGAGCCUGCUACUGAAGCUCAGUCCACAUUCUGUACACUGGUCUUUGCACAUAACAGAAGUCUCCACAGAGACUAUGUGAAGUGUGCUGACAGAUGAGUGUGAACACACACUUCCCCUUGUCACAUUCCAUAUGUCCGCUGCUUUAGAAGAGUUGACUGCUGCACAUUUCCAACAGAUACGUUUCAUUGUAAGGGUCAGUUGGCUGAUGAAUUGUUACAUUUUUGUAUCCUGUGUACCGAGCACAAGCUACAGCUCCGUCAGCAUGUAACAACCCCCACUAAACUAACACCACCCUUGGACCUUGCUGUCCAAACAUGGGAGCGUAACACCACACCUGCACCACCAUGUCCCUGUGUCAAGGUGUUGGCACAAGACUCAGGGAUGGAAUGAUUCUAAACAAUCCCAGGCGGCUUUCUUCAAACAAAGUGAAGAAUAUACUGUCUGAUCUUCUAUCGCUUCACUCCCCUAAAACCUUACAAAGAAAACCUCUGUGUUGUAUAGUGUGAUGUAUUUUUGUAGGCCGACUCUGAAGUUAGCAUAGCAAGGGCUCCCUAGAAAGAAAAAAAAAUGGGAUUUUGCCAUUGGAUUUCGGAUUAUAAUUUACGUUGACAAACACACGUUUGUGACUCCUACAAGUUUUCUUCAGCAGGGUAGUCUCCAGAUCUUAACACCACUUCUAUUAUUGUUUAAGCCAAAAUGCAUCCCAAGAAGUAAAAAGCUAACAUAAUCCUAUAAACGGACUACAUUAAGCAGUCCUAUUUAUUUAGCCACUUGUUAGCAACCACCACUCUGGACAUUCACCAGGGGGGUUUUUACUGACAUAUUUUAUGUCUUUAAACAAAACUGGUAAAAGCAGGCCUCGACACAGUAAAAUAAUUACCUGACUGAUUUCUGGGCUUUACAGCUCAUUCUAUUGAACACACAUAGUACCACGAAAUGAAGCCUUUAUAAUUUGGCUUCUAUAGAAAUGGGAUUUAUUCAUUGCUGGUUGAUUAAUGUAGUAUUAACUAGGUAGUGGAGUCAGCUUUCUGCGUCAUGCCACUGUAUGUGGAUGCACAAACACUGCAUGCUGUACAUGUGUAUAGUCUGUUUCCAUAACAUUGUAAAGGGUUUAGUGCAUACAAGCCUCUUUAAAGGAUGUAGCUAUAGGCGAGGUUCCAACAGAUAAAGACUGGCCCCUACAUAUGUUUUUCCGCAGCACAUUCAUCCGCUCAACAACAGUCAUGGCAUCGUGUCACUGCCUUUCACAUUCUCCUUCUAACACCGGUCUAAUUCAGUAAAUCUUCCAGUGGCUUUUUUUCUCUGUGAUAAAUACUGCUUUUGAAACAUCGCUGCAGUUUUCACAUUUAAAGACUUUUUUUGGAGGCUUUAUUUCCUUUAGGCCACUGGUUUUUAGCCAAGGUUUUUACUAUUACCUGUGUGUUCAGGUGUUUCGUGUAAGUGACAGCAGCUCAAAGUUUGAAUCCCAAAGAUCUCUCUGGCGAUGAGUGGUAUUUGCAGCUGUAUUUUUAGAUCUCACUUCCGACAAGUUAGUAGUACGCAAAUAUAACCAUUUUGCCACAGUUUUAUCAGGGUUUGGUCUGCAUUCACAUUACAAAAUUAAAAGGGAAGCAGAUCAGAACAUAUUCAGGCUGCUUAACAAAAGAAAUAUAAGACUAAUAACGAGAAAUACAAUCCUCUUUCAGGUAAGGCCUGAUUAAUUUGAGGGAGAGAAGGCCUCCAACACUAUUUUGAGAAUUAACAGUAAGAUUAAGCCUUUAUUGAAUUUCUUUCUGUUAAUAUAAUAAUGCCAGAGAGACAUUUACCACCAUCAUAUCAGCAAAGACGUCCCAUAUACAGCGUUCUGUAUGUAGCACUGUUCAAUAACCAAAUUUGUGUUUGUCAAUUUUUAUUAUGAGUCUAACAGUGAAACGUGACAUUUUUUAUUUGCUUUUAUGGGAAGAAAGAGUAGCAGGAGCGGGCAUUUAACAGGAUGGGGAGACAUAUUAUCAGGAUUAUUAGCAUAUUUUCAGUUAUGAUUACCUAUAACGCAGCAGAUCCCUGAAGUUCUAACUGAAAUGAGAUUGUGUUAUGACGUGCGGUAGGUGCUCUGACUUUCCGGAAGGAGUACAGACUUUCUCUUCCUGCACUGCAGACUCUUCCGUAUCCAAAGUGCAAUGUUUUAUUUUGUUAACUAGAAAUAUGAUUCUUUUGGUCACAUUUUUCUUAUUUAAAUGUUCUUUGUUACUUUUAUGUUGUAUUAAUACACAAGAUUACACUGUACCUUAGCUUUUUUUGUGGUGCUUCUUAUAAGACCUCAUGUACACUGACAACAUCGCUGUACCCUUAAAUGACUCAACUGGUGUUUAUCCCAUUUACUACAUAAUACACAUUUGUUGUAUUACUGUAAUACAACCAUCUCUGUAAAAGUAGCUCGCAAAAAAAUGUCGAUUUUAAAUCACUGGAAAUCAGUGUCCGCCUCCUAAAGCUAGAAAUUAAAACAAAGGUUCUGCUGUGGAACGUGGUUGACGGGCAUAUAGGUAAAAGGUUAAAUAUAGACCUACUGGCAUGUAGUUUCAAAAUGAUCUUCACUAUGAAGUUAAUUUGAAUAAUAAAGGUGCUGAUAUCACAUGAGACAAGGUAACACCAAGUGAGGACGUCUUUCUUGCCGGUGUUCUGGGUAAAAUAUAUUAGUCUUAAGUGGUGAGAAGGAUUUGUGUUACAACUUAAACACCUUUAAAACAGGUUUACUCACAGAAGAUGUUCUCUACUUCCUUUUUUAAUGUUCCAGGAGGUAAUAAACUAAAAGGAUAAUGAACCCUAACAAUAAGUCAAUCUCAGUCUGCGGCUCACAUAAAGCAGAUUCAGAAACACUGCUUUUUUUCACACUGCCUUUGAUGCCACUUAUUUAACACGAUGAUUGUCAUUGGCUACGAAUGUUCAUGCGGCUCAGGUUCUGCACAUGUAUUAUAAUCACAACACAUUGAGUGUCAAAAAAGCUUUAAAAACGAUUUAAAAAGGGAACAUUUUUUAUGGUAAAAUUGAAAGAAAUGGUUCAUGUUAUUGCAGCCUCAUACAAUGCCGCAGAGCCAUUGUGCUUCAUGUAAAAUAACUAAAUUCAAAAAGGGAAUAGCGCGUAACAUAUCAUUUUUAUUUAUUUAUAAGAUACAAAUCAAAUUUCGGAAUCAUUUUCUAUUUAAUUCUCAAAUUGUAUUUUAAAGGGUUCCUUUAAACCGAACUGACCCCCUUGUCCUUUAAAAUGGAGCACACCAUUAUUGUUUUCUCUCUCCAGUCAAUAUUAAGGUUUUACAGGAGGGAACUAAUGGUGUACACUAAGGUUUACUAAGGAGGUUAAAACUAAUAUUCCGAGUGAUAAACAACUCGGAAACUUUUAAAAGGCCAGUCAAUUUGGGCUUUCAAUUUUUGGGGGGGAAUCAGUGUAGACGUUUUUCUCGUCAUCCUAAAGCACUAGAACUGAACACCUACUCCUCUGCAUCUCUGGGAAUGUACCUGACUACACCAGCCCAACUUUGUUGCUUUGAACAGCUUUAUUUCCUCUGUUGGACGACGAGAACAGGACUUGUUCUCCUGUUUACAUCCCUCUGAGUUUAAGGCUCGACCACAUGUACCCCACUGUAUAUUCCAACUUUAAAACCCACUGCUUAUUCCAUAUGUCUGACCUCAUUGAUGAAGCUCAUCUUGGCCUUACUUCUACUACUGGACUCUUUAUGAUGGUAAAACUGACCAUGAAGAGGAAUAGGGGCAAGGGCAGCCAUUUCUGGACUUACAGAGAUUAAGCUGUACUGUUCUUACUUCUAGUGUGUGUGUGUGUGUGUGUGUGUGUGUGUAGUGUGAUUUAAACCAAUGUACUCCAUGUUCAAACAAAAACCAGCUGGAUAUAUAUAAUACACAUAUAAAGUAAAUAUAGAAAACUAUGUAAAGGUAUAUACUUCUAAUGGUUUUGUGUGUUUGGGUUGGCUUAAAGGUAAGCUUCAUUAGAGAGCAAUUUGAACGGGCUUCUCAUGUCAACGGAAUGUAGGAAACUGAUUAUGUUAAAAGACAUAAAGCUAGAGCACAAGAUAAAGUAAGGUGUGAGUGAUAUUUUCCCUCCAUGGACUGUCAGGCUAGCGUGACACGAUGUAGCUAACAGAAGAAACAAGCACUUGAAGCUAGCGCAGGCAGCAGGGUUGGCUAACAAGUAUUUUUAAGUGCACUCAUUUUGAAUGUAACUGAAACGUUGACUCUCAAUGUGUCUGAAGAUUUAAAAAAUAUAAAUACAAGAACAACACCAUUUCUGUAAAGCAGCAGCAAUGUUUUAUUUAUUUGCUAGCUUUUUUCUGUGAUGUUCUAGCUAAUGGAGCUACAUUCCUGUACCAGAGCCAGAAUGUUUGUAACAGUAUUUACAACAAUAAAUGACUUGC